CGGGAAUCAGGAGGAUAGAAUUAGAAGAAAAGAAAUGAUUAACAGAAAUAGAAUCGAAUAAUUGGAAAUACGGGAUCGGGUUAAAGAGAGGAAUAUUUGAAAAGGGAUGGAGUUGUUAGGUAAACUGGUGCCAUUCCUGGAAAAUGUUGUAGCGAAUGCUUCAGUGCUGACAAUACUGGCCAUAAGUUUCGAAAGAUACAGGGUUGUUUGCAAUCCUUUAAAGGUUAGAAAUGAAGAAACUAUCAGAGUGUGGAAGAUAGUUGUCAUAAUCUGGGUUAUAUCGUCGGGUUUCAGUCUACCUUGGUUGUCCAUACCUAUUGUGAAGAAUUCGGAAUUUUUAGACGGCACGCCAAUAAAGGUAUGCAGAAUUCCAAUCAUCGAACUCUGGCAAGAAAUAUUCAUUGUUCUACUAGCUGUCCUGUUUUUCUUGAUUCCAUGUUUAACAUUGUUUCUGCUGAACUGCCACCUUUGCAGAGUACUCAACCAGGCCGGAGAAUAUGAUAUGUGUAUUCAUCAAGCUGGAAAUGACCGACGAAAACGGCAAAAUCAAGUUGCAAACAUUAUUGCAUCCAUAGUAACCGUGUUUUUUAUAUGUCAUCUACCAUUCAGAGUUGCCGGACUUUGGCUGUCGUUCGCAGAUCCACGAACAAUAGGACGUCUGGGAUUGGAGCGGUAUUUGGGUAUUGUUUACUCAACAAGAAUCCUUUUUUAUUUGAAUCAUGCUUUGAACCCAGUUGUGUACAAUUUUGUUUCAACAAAGUUUCGCUGUGCUUUGAGUGAUCUAUUUGCUAACACUGUUUGCUCGGGAUUUUGCAAUUUGCUGACAAGGAGAAAGUUGAAACUUUCGACAACUACUGCUUCUACUAAACUAACUGUGCGGAAAAAUACGAGUUCAAAGGGGUAUCCUUAUAACUCGCCAGUACAGGGGCGUACUUCAGAUGAUAGAAACAAUGAACAGGUGUUAGAUCAGAAAUAUAAAUUAAGGAUUAACUUUGAAGACAAACGUGUAGCAAUCAAAUUUAACUUCGUUACUAAUCCGGAGUGUGUAUAAGCUUUUAUAUUGUUGUGAACUUACAAAUCUUGUGUUCUUAUUGAAUAUAAUUACGCACGGAAGUUUAUUACAACAUAACACGUCUGUUUAAUUUUUCUAUUCGUGGAAAUGAAAAUCAACAACAUGACAUUGUAUUGAUACAUUAUAAUAGACAUACUUAACAUUCAUAUGCAAAGAAAAAAACAACUAAGAACAUACCUUUUGUCCAGAAUUAUAUUCAAUCGAUUUAUUUGAUAGUUAAAACAUUACAAUCCGUCAGCUUCGAGAUGCACUCUCCAACCGCCUCAUAAAACCAGUAGUUUCCUUCAUAGUGCUCAUCGUUAUCAUAAAUUGUAGACCGUGUUUCCCAACCAACCUUAUAUACAGUAGACUAAGUAUAACUUAAACUUAGCCCAUAUUUCCUAUGAAUGAUGAUAAUAGAAAGGUUUUAAUGACCUGAAACUGUUCAUUUUUGCGAUUAAUGUAAUUGCAAAUAUUUUAAAAUAUGAUCAUUUAAUUUGCCGCCCGUGCUUUAAGAAAUCUGGUUAAAAAGUCUCGAUGCACUACUUUUAAUGGAAGUAGCAUUGUAUAAAAUAAUUGUCUACUACAAAAAAUACUUUACCAUCCAACGCUCGCCCGAAGCACUACCUUAAACAACUGGAAAGGUAUGAAACAGACUAUAUUUACGCAGCUGUUCAGAUGUAACAUGUUAAACUUCAUAUUUACAUGUAUCUAAAUAUUUUCUCAUAGUGCGGGAUAGGGGAUGGGGCAACAUAUAAGUCCACUUUACUCUUGGUGUCAAAUCUUAACAAAACGUAAAUAUAAACAUAUUGUUCGAGUGGACAUAUUGAUAGUUAAGUCAUAGUAACUGAAGCGGCAAUGAGAAGAACCUAACAUUGUAGCUUUGAGGGCGAAGUUUUGCCGCCCUCCAGCUAUGAAGGCGCUCUUACGCCAGUAAUGAUAUAGCCACUUGCCUUUGGGCUAAUUUUGAAAUCCUUGAUUUAAUUAUUGUAUAAUAAUCUCCAUUUCAGACAUGAGACGGUACUUUGUUUUACCAACUUCAGUCCAUCAUAAUUACCUUGUUAAAGAAAGUGUUAGAUUCUGUCAUACAUAUAGCUGUUUAUUGUUUCAUUUAGUGUUAUAUUGUGAAUAUGCAAGUCACAUAUAUAUGUUAUCACUGUCGUGUGAGGGAAUGCAUUUUUUUUCAUAAGCAAUAGUUAUGACCUCAUUUUCCGAUUCAAACUAUUUUUUACUCGCUGCUGCUUUCUAUUCUUGGUGAUUACCGCUAAUGUCAUAUAACUGUACUUUUCAUUUGAAGUUAUUUCUAGUUACGGAGACAAAUAUGCUAUAAAACGUUUCCAUUUUCACUCAUAUAGCACAGCAAUAAACGAAACAAUAUGAAUCUCAUUAAAACAAGAUACGACGACUUUACACAAAGCCUAAAUAUGUUUAUGAAUAAACAUAACGAUUACGUACGAAACUAUAUACUUCAGUAUUUAUGAUAUUUGCAUGCAUGUACCUGAAAAGUGCCCGAUUAGUGUUCCUGGAUUCUGAACCAGUACUGACUUGUUAUUGAUUUUAUACAACAAAACUCCUGUUAAAUCAUGGUCAUUUAGAUAACGUUUUAUAGAGCUUUGAGAGAUAUCGUGCCGGAACUUAUUCUUAUAGCUUAUUAAAUAUUUAUAAAUUAUAUGUAAAUGUUUAAGGUGUGAACACAUGUUAAUUCCAAAAAUAAUUGUUAAAUGUAAUUACUUCGAAGAUUUUCAUUUACAAAAAAACACGUUCCAAAUUUGUUUAUUUUCGUCCAAAAAGUCUUAGACCCAUGUGGCAUUACAAAAAUACAUAAUAAUACAUAAUACAUAUAUAUAUGGCGGCAUGUGAAAGAAGUAUACGACAAUUUAUUAUAACAAUAUGAUCAUUUUGCAAAUAUAUCUGCCAAGAUAAUUUCUACACAGUAAUUGAUUCAAAUAAACGUGCAUAUACAAAUGCACCUGCAUAUUUUAAUUAAAAGCGUUGGAAAUCACAUGUACCAAACAAAUAUUUUUCGAAACAUUUGAAUUACGAAAGUUUGAAUUAGUUUAUACACAAUUACAAUUCACAUAUAUUAUAACACGGUAAUACAACAAUAAAAACAAAAACAAAAUCCAUUUUAUUGUCGAACUUUUGAAAUACGCUCUGAAAAAGAUCUACUCUAGAGCUAUCAGAGUAAAAAUGUUUUAUGAGUAUUUCUGUUAUUUCUUAUGUAUUUCUGUCAUGUUCUAUGCUACUAUAUAGGGCAACAUCAGAAAAAAUGAGACAUUAGAUGCACAGAACGUUAUAUGUAUAUGUUUGUAUAAUUAUUUGAUAUAUUCAUUCAAAGAAAGAGUAAUGUGAAUUAUACAUGCAUAUAUAUGUAAUACUCAUUUUACUAAAGUUGACAUAGUUUAUGACUUAAGUACAAUACUACGAAUAUACAUGUAUGUGUUAAUGUGUAUCAGUCUAACAUGGUAAUUUGGCUUAUGAUAUACUUAUUGGUAUUUUUCAUAGAUUGCUGUAAACAUUGAUAAAUUACGUACAAACAGUAAAUGUUAGAAGAUGCUGCCUGUGUAAAUCUAACUUGUUCUAACUAUGUUUCUUAUGACAAGUUUAUGUAAUUUCUGUAAUGAUUCAUUCAAUCUGCAUACUUGGUCGCCUGUAAUAAUAAACUGUCAAAAAUU